AUGGGCGACGAAGCCAAAUCGCCCGACGAGACGCAUGUCAGUGGGCAGGCGAACAAACCUCUCAGCCUGCCCCCUCACAGUCUUACGCUCGCCCAGGUUGUGGACGAAUUGAGCACCGAUACCUGGUCCGGACUCGAUGAUGCCGAGGCCAAACGUCGCCUUGAGGAAUAUGGCGCCAACGAUCUGGGAGAGACGGCCGGAGUAUCUCCAAUCAAGAUCCUGAUUGCUCAGGUUGCAAACGCGAUGACCAUGGUGUUGAUCCUGGCCAUGGCUGUCAGUUUCGGCAUCCAGUCCUGGAUCGAAGGCGGAGUGGUUACAUUUGUCAUUCUGCUGAACAUCGUGGUGGGCUUCUUCCAGGAGUGGUCCGCGGAGAAAACAAUGGAUUCGCUGCGCUCGCUGAGCUCUCCGACCGCGCGCGUCAUCCGUGGAGGACAGCAGUCGACCAUUCCCUCCGCCGAGAUCGUUCCCGGCGACGUCAUCGAGAUCAAGACCGGUGAUACUCUGCCCGCGGAUAUCAGGGUGUUCGAAGCGGUCAACUUCGAGACAGACGAGGCGCUGCUCACAGGGGAGUCGUUGCCUGUGCGCAAGAACGAAGAGGCGACUUUUGGAGAGAAGACAGGCCCUGGAGACCGUCUCAACGUUGCGUACAGCUCUUCCAACGUCACAAAGGGACGUGCAAAGGGCGUCGUCUUCGCCACGGGUGUCUACACCGAGAUUGGCGCCAUUGCUUCCCAGCUGCGAGAAUCAGAGUCCAAGGUGCGACCGGUCAAGAACCGCGGCCCGGACGGUCGUGCCAAACCGCAUCGCUACCUCGAGGCCUACACCCUCACGACGACCGACGCCAUUGGAAGAUUCCUGGGUCUCAAUGUCGGAACGCCGUUGCAGAAGAAGCUGUCUAAGCUGGCGAUGCUGUUGUUCGGCAUUGCCGUGCUCUGCGCCAUCAUUGUCCUUGCAGCAAACAGCUUCAACGCAACACAGGAAGUCAUCAUCUACGCGGUCGCCACUGGUUUAUCUAUGAUCCCCGCCAGUCUGGUCGUCGUCCUCACCAUCACCAUGGCUGCUGGAACCAAGAGCAUGGUCAAGCGCAAUGUAGUCGUCCGGAACCUCAAGUCGCUGGAAGCCCUCGGGGGCGUGACGGACAUCUGUUCUGACAAAACCGGAACGCUGACACAGGGCAAGAUGAUUGCCCGCGGCGCCUGGCUGCCUGCCGUUGGAACGUACACGAUCGAGAACUCGACGGCACCGCAGGACCCCACGAUCGGCCAUGUCCGCUUCCACCCCGACUCGCCAGGCAAGAUGGACCUCAAGACGGGCGGCGAAAAGUGCGGCGAGCUCGUGGGCGCCGAGAGGCUCCACCCGUCCGCAUCCAAGGGCCUCGAGGAGUUCCUCAACGUCGCUUCGCUGGCCAACCUGGCCGCUGUCAAGAAAAAGGACGACGGCACCUGGGAAGCCCACGGCGACCCGACCGAGAUUGCCAUCCAAGUGUUCGCCGCACGUUUCGGUCUGGAUCGCUCCCGCAUGACAAAGGGCGACACGGCUACCUGGGAAGAUCUCGUAGAGCUCCCCUUCGAUUCGGACGUCAAGCGCAUGUCGGUCAUCAUGCGCGCCUCGGACGGCAAAGCGCACGCAUUCACCAAAGGCGCCGUCGAGCGCGUGAUCCAGAGCUGCACAUCCGUCGCCACGAGUGCCGACGAGUACGGCAGCAUCACCGACGAGUUCCGUGAGGAGGUCCUCCGCAACAUGGAAGCGCUGGCCAGUCUCGGACUGCGCGUGCUAGCACUAGCCAGCAAGGCCUGCGAGGGCCCGGUCGAGAAGGGCGCAGAGGUGCAGCGUGCCUCUGUCGAGAGCGACCUCGUCUUCCGCGGCCUCAUCGGCCUGUACGAUCCGCCUCGCCCCGAGUCCGCUCCCGCCGUGCGCCAGUGCCACGAGGCUGGCAUCGAGGUGCACAUGCUGACGGGCGACCACCCCGAGACGGCCAAGGCGAUCGCGAUCGAAGUCGGCAUCCUCCCCUCUGCAGACCGCAUGAAGCGCAUCUCAGCCGACGUCGCCAAAGUUCUGGUGAUGACGGCUUCGGACUUCGACAGCCUCAGCGACGACCAGGUGGACGACUUGCCCGUCCUGCCGCUGGUCGUCGCCCGCUGCGCGCCCUCGACCAAGGUCCGUAUGAUCGAGGCGCUGCACCGUCGCGGCCGCUUCUGCGCCAUGACCGGCGACGGCGUCAACGACUCGCCGUCCCUCAAGCGAGCCGACGUCGGCAUCGCCAUGGGCCAAGCUGGAUCUGACGUCGCCAAGGAAGCAUCAGACAUUGUCCUCACCGACGACAACUUCGCCUCGAUCCUGGCCGCCAUCGAAGAAGGCCGGCGCAUCUUUGACAACAUCCAGAAAUUCGUGCUGCACGUGCUGGCUGAGAACGUUGCGCAGGCCGGCACCCUGCUCGUCGGCCUCGCGUUCAAGGACAGCACGGGGCUCUCCGUGUUCCCCCUCGCGCCCGUCCAGGUCGUAUGGAUCAUCAUGGCGACAUCCGGGAUGCCGGACAUGGGGCUGGGGUUCGAGCGCGCGGUGCCGGACAUUCUGCACCGGCCCCCGCAGUCGCUGAAGACGGGCAUCUUCACCAUGGAAUUCCUGGCCGACAUGGUGGUAUACGGGCUGUGGAUUACGGCGCUGUGCCUGGCGAGCUUCACGCUCGUCGUGUUCGGGUUCGGCGACGGCAAUCUGGGUAGCGGGUGCAACGAGGGCUACAAUCCGUCGUGCGAGCUGGUGUUCCGGGCGCGCGCGACCACGUUCGCGUGUCUGACGUGGUUCGCGCUGUUCCUGGCGUGGGAGAUGGUCGACAUGCGCCGCUCGUUCUUCCGCAUGCAGCCCGGCUCGCCGCGCUACCUGACGCAGUGGAUGCUCGACGUGUGGCGGAAUCAGUUCCUCUUCUGGGCGAUUGUGGCUGGCUUCGCGACCUUGUUCCCGCUCAUCUACAUUCCCGUCGUCAACACGGUGGUGUUCAAGCACGCGCCUAUUGACUGGGAGUGGGGCAUUGUGUUUGUCGAGGCGGGCUUGUUCUUUGCGGGCGUCGAGAGCUGGAAGUGGGCUAAGCGCGUUUACUUCCGCCGCCGGGCGAGGGGGGAGACGGGCGUUGAUGCUCAGGAUCUGGAGGUGGAGGACCGCGUGUUUGGGCGCUAUUAUACGACUGAGACUGCGAUGUCGCAGGAGUCCGGCCGGGAGAAGGUUUGA